UCACAUUGCGAACUCCAGUGGGGUUCCCGUUACUAAAAAGGGAAGUUCGAAGGAGGUGUGUAGCCCAUGAGAGUCGAGGAAGAAUAUUGGGGAAUGAACGUCUUGAGAGGUCGUGAGAAUUGUAGAGAGAUACGUAGUAUCCGGGAUACUGCAGAGUGUCGUGUAGGAUCUUAAUGUGUAAAACGAAAACCUUGUAUCGAAAUGGACCGUGAAUAUAUGCAAGGUGCAAUAUGAAAACGGACGAGGAAAUAGCCUACAGAAUGGAGUCAGUUAUAUAACAAAAAGUGUCUAACAUGCACGUCAAUUUGAAUUUAAAAUCUGUUCUUUGUUCAAGUAGACGAAACUGGCGUGCUUCUUGUUCUGCCUCUUCAUAUACAAAGGUUUCGUUGAAGGUGAUUUCUAUAGAUUAGCUCAUGUAUGUAGCACAAGGGGGAUGGGUGUAAACGGUUUAUGGAAGCUCCUUGAGCCAUCAGGGAAACCAGUCCCCCUGGAAACUUUGGAAAACAAGGUUCUAGCAGUUGAUGUGUCUAUUUGGCUGCACCAAGUGGUGAAGGGCUUCCAAGACUUGCACGGGAACCCCUUGGCUAAUGCUCACCUCCUCGGGCUCUUCCACCGUAUUUGCAAGCUUCUCUUCUACAAGAUUAAACCAGUGUUUGUGUUUGAUGGUGGAGUCCCCCACUUCAAGAAGCAGACUGUCGCUACAAGAAAUGAGAAUAAGAGUAAAGCUGAAGUGGAAGCUGGUCGAAUUCGAGAGCAGCUAUUGAAGAAUCUUGUGAAACAUACGGCUUUGAAACAGGUUCUUGGAAGGGAAGCAAAUAAUGUUGACCUCAUUAUAAGACAAUGUAGGGAGAGUGAUAUGUUUGAGUUACCUCCAGAGGAGAGAAAAUUGGAUGAGGGAUUAUCAGGAUCUCAAGAAGAUUCAUUAAGUUCUGAGGAAGAGGUAUGCUUCCACAAGAAUUGGGCUACAGCAGACUUGCAUACAGUGGAUGUCAGUAGUGUACACUUCAAGUCAUUACCUGCCAAUGUGCGACAUGAUAUUCUCAGUGAACUCAAGGAGACAAGGAAACAGAGUUCUUGGGGGCGAUUGCAUGAGAUGCCAAAGGAAUCUGGUGAAUUUUCGAAUUAUCAGAUGACUCGUUUGCUGAAGCGCCGAUCCAUACAGACAUCACUGGAAGAUGCAGAAAAGGAGAUGGGUGGACGAUCACUUAGCUUGGGUGAGCUGGAGGAGAUGCUCAGUGAACAGGGUGUAGUUACAGGUUCUAACGUUGGAAUGAGAAUAGCUGCUGAUAAUGUGACACGAUAUGUUUAUAUAAAAGAGAUUGGAAAACAGUUACUGGCAAAGAGCAAACCAGAGGAAAUUAGUGUCAAGGAAUCAUCUCCCACUCAAACUCAGGAAGACAAGGAAGCUAUUGAAAAUAUGAGUAGACCUGACACUGAUGUCAGAGUAUUACUGGAAUCAGUUCCGUGUAAGGAAGAGGAAGUGGAAGAGUUCGAAGAAAAUUGGUCAUCCAAUUCGGAGGAAGAUUUUGUUUCAUCUCAGCAGAAGCCAACACAAAGAGACAAUAUUAACCUAAAGCUGGCUCAGAAUUUCAUAUUUGAGAAUAGUGGACUCACACAGCAACAAAUCCUGGCUAUUAUCCAGUAUCAAAAUUCUAUGGAAGGAGAGCUGCAACAAAAUAAUGAGUAUUUUCUGUCUCCAGAUCAGCCAUCAACAUCUGGAAAAGGCAGUAAAGAGAAGGCACUGCAAAAUGGGACUGAUGUCUCUGCCUUUAGUGGGAUACAAAGUAGAACUGAUGAAGCAACCUGCAGUAAAACUUGUGUUGAGAAUACAGCUGAAGCAGUCUGUGGUAGAACUAGUGUUAACAAUACAGUUGAAGCAGCCAAGCCAAGCUGCAGUAGGACUGGUGUUAACAUGACAUCUGAAGCAAACUUCAGUAGAACUGGUAUUGGCAGUACAGCUGAAGCAGCCUGCAAUAGGACUACUGUUAGCAAUACAGAUAAAGCAGCCAAUCCAAGCUGCAGUAGAACUUGUGUCAGCAUUGCAGAUAAAGCAGACUGCAGUGGUACUGGUUUAAGCAAUACAGCUGAAGCAAGAUGCAGCAGAAUUGAUGUUAGCCAUUCCUAUGAAGCUAGCUGCACUGGAAUUGAUGUUAGGAAUUCAGCUGAAGCAACCUACAGUAGGACAGCUAUAAACAGUACUUGUGAUGCAAACAUACUAGAUAAGUGGAAGACAGAUGUACUAAAUGAUAAAACUGUUGAAGAAAACAGUUCUGCUGCAAGACAGGGAGUGGGCAAGACAGAGAAUAACAUUGCUGACAGUGCAUUAACUCCAGUUGUAGACAUACAGAGAAAUAGUAACAUUAUUGAACAAUUAAAUAGUGAUAGUGAUAGCGAUACAGAUUUUGUUGAAGUAACAUAUGUUGCCACAUCUCCAGUUCACAGUAGAACUGAGAAGAACACUUUAGAACUACUAAUACAAAAGGACAAGAUAUGUGAAAUUGAAGAUGAUAUUUUUGCUGAUAUAUUUUCUGCACAAACGUCUACAGGAAUAUUAGCAACAAAUAGUAACCAACAAGACUCUACAAUUGACAGUCUCUCUUCUAGUUAUAACAUACAUACAGGUUUAAGGGGAAUAGAAAAUAGUAAAUUUGAUAAAGAAGGCAUCAGCAAUGGAAUUAGUGAUCCCAGAGAAGGCAAUGAAUCCAAACUGAAGGACAGUAAACUGGUGGAAAAUGUUGUAACGCAAGAUGACUGUAGACAGACAGCCAUGGAAGUGGAAGCAGACAUUAGUACAAUCUCUGGUAUAGAACCAGAAGAGAAAGACAAGAAGUCUCAGGCAGCACAAGUAACCACAACUAUGUUGUUCUCUGAAGAACUCCAAAAGUUACAGAUGUCUCUUGAAGUGAAGCAUGAAGACCUGCUGGUAGAAAAAGGCAAGCAGGAGAGACUGGCAGUCAGCAUAACAGAUCAGAUGUAUGUGGAGGCACAGGAACUGCUACAACUGUUCGGCAUUCCAUACAUUGUAGCACCAAUGGAGGCUGAAGCGCAGUGUGCCUUCUUGGAUAGUGUAUCACUUACUGAUGGGACCAUUACAGAUGACAGUGACAUCUGGCUGUUUGGUGGAAACAAAGUGUACAAGAACUUUUUUAACCAGAAAAAGCAUGUAAUGUGUUUCAAGGCAUCAGAUAUAAAGCAGUGUUUCAAGCUUGAACGACAACAGUUGAUCCUGCUUGCUCUGCUGGUUGGUAGUGACUACACACCAGGAAUUCAGGGUGUGGGGCCAGUUACUGCAUUAGAAAUCCUAGCAGCAUUUCCUGCUGGUGGCACUGAUGAUAAUAUUUUGAGAGGCCUUCGGAGGUUUCAAGACUGGUGGAGUGCUGGAAUGCCUGUGGGUUCAGGCAAGACAUCACUGAAAAACAAACUGAAAGAUAUUCAGCUUGUGGAAGGAUUUCCUAGUGUGAUGGUGGCAGAUGCAUACCUGCACCCAAAAGUAGAUGAAUCAGAAGAGACAUUCACAUGGGGAUUACCAGAUUUAACAUCUCUGAGAGACUUCACUCGGCAGAAGUUUGGCUGGACCAAAACAAAGACAGAUGAGAUUUUGCUGCCUGUUAUGAAAAAGCUAGAGGAAAGAAAGAGUCAGAUGUCUUUGGACUCAUAUUUCAGAGUCAUACCAAAACUUCAAGAAACAGAUGGAAAGUUAAGUAAACGUGUGCAGCAGGCUGUUCAUCGUCUGGGGAGUGUAGACAUCUCUGACAGUGAAGAGUCCAUCUUAGAAGGAAAUAAGAAUGGCCCUGUUUCACAGCCAAGAAAAAAACAAACUAACAGGACUGUGAACAUCAGGGCAAAAGUGGGUGAAGCAAGGGGAAGCAGAGGAAGAGGAAGAAGGCAUGACUCCAGUACUGUAUGUGAACAGAGUCAAACUAGUGAAGAAUUUAUUCCACAAAGAGAACGAGAUAAAAUAAAUGCCUUAAAGAGGAAGCUGAAAGCUGUUGAGGUAUUCCAUACCUCUAAAACACGUCUGAAUCAUUCAAGAAGACGGAAGAAGGUUAAGAGGCAGGAACUAAAAGAAACAAAGCUAUCUGAAAGUGAUAGUGACCCUGAAUGAACAGAGCUGAGCAAAUCCAAAUAAAAAUGUUACUUAUUCCAUGUGUCAGUGUUUCAAAUGUAAAUUGAAACCCCAUGUGACAGAAAAUAGUUCUGUGCUUGCUGUAAGUUUUUACUCAUUGCGGAUGAAGAGAUAAGCACAUUUAUUUAGUCCUAGUGAAAGCUUUCAGAAUUCACUCUUAAAAAUUCUGUGCCUUAGCAGUGACAAGCAAAUUAUUAGGUACUGAAAAAGAAAAUUAAUGGUGGUUUUCUAUAGCUAGAGCAGCAUGUCUCCUCAGGCAUCUACUUCAGGUUCAUAUCUUCGGUGACAGUUACAGUGAUAUAUAUACUGGUACAUAUUUUCUGAGAGACUUGCUUUUCAAACAGAAAUUUUAUGUAGUCUCCCACUGAACACUUUAGUCAUGUGAAUAUGGCUAGACCAUAUACCAGAGAUUCCCAAACUUAUAUACUAUACCUUAAAACAUUUCAUAAAUUUCAUACCCCCCCAAACAAUUGAAAACAGAUUUGACAUAAAGUUUAGCUAUGAGUAUACUAUUGAAGAGAUUUAGAAACGUCUUAGAUCUGUCAACUGUUAUUCCUGAUUACCAGUUUGGAUUCAGGGAAGGACACUCCACAAUACAACAAAUGCAUAGAAUCGUAAACAAGAUCACAACAAUCUUCGAAGAAAAAAUAUUGUGUACAGCAGUUUUCCUUAGCUCAGACGUUUGACAAGGUCUGGCACCCUGGACUAAUAUAUAACAUCAAAGAUA